AAAGAAAACGGUAUGUACGUGAUUAGUGUUUGCCCUGCGCGCGAAAUAUCGACAUGAUCGUCGAUCGAGCCGACAAUCGGUCUGGCUCAUAUGCGAUUCCGAUCGGACAUACCAUUUCGUUUGCACUCCCACCGCGGUUGUACCCUAUUUUCGCGCCUUCUCUUUCCCCUUUCUUCGCUUAUCCUUCCAUUCCUUUCUCUCCUUCUUUCUCUCUCCUUCUCCCACUUCCGACCGAAAACAGAUUCGGGACACGACAGUCGGUUCUGCAUGCCGUUCCGUGUCACACGCGCGAACAGACACGGAAAUCUAAUUUUCACCGAAGAACUUAUUACCAACUGUCACGUGAAUAUGAUGUACCGCGAGAAACACGCGGGAGUGGCUCUGUCAUUGUCGAAGCCACGAUUGAAAGAACGGAUUCUGGUCGUGGAAACACGCCAUUGUGUCAACUCGACAAAGGAACGCUCGUUUCGGCGCCUCCCUUUUAUUCUUCCAACUCCAGAAACGAGACGUUCCAUUGUACGCUGAAGUACGAUACUGUUUUCUGUCCCUUACCGCUUCGUGGACAGAAUUUAGAGAGAGUUUUACAGUUUGAACGAGGAACAACAGUUCCACGGAUUGGUCCCACUUCUCGAAUAAAUCACGCUUGUAAUUUCCAACUUUUCUCUUUGGUAAAUGAAAUGCUUGAAAGAAAACUUCCUACUUUCCUCCAAAACAAAUCAGUCGCACCUUUGACAAACCUUCAACUUUUUCCAGGUUUCAAUCACUCUAAAGACAGUCCAUUCUAGUUAACAGCUAUUUAUCCUCAAGGUUUCUACAAACCUGUGUUUCACGUUUAUAUUUCUCGCACUUUAAAAAUGAACAGUACUGUUGUUGAAUUUUUACCACUCCAACAAGUAGUAAAAUCUGUAAUUCAUCGAUUCCUUUAUCAGUCGAUUAAAAUUUAAUUCGAACGCAAAAAGUGGUCAUUAAAGUUUAAUAAAAUUGGCUUCAGUACAAUAACUGUCAAACUUAUAUCACUCGUGGAAGUAAUAAAAUUAGUAUUCCAUCGAUUUUUACUUUCAGUUGAUUAAAGUCUAAUUUAAACACAGAUCAUAGACGAAGUUGAUAGAUCGCUCGAAAGUGAUCUCGCUGAAAAGGAAAAUUAAUUUCUAUCGUUAGACGAUACGUCACGAAAAUGUACGCGUUGUGCAGUGGCUAGCCAGUGAGACGCCGAAAUUAAAAUUCUUGACACCACAGCCCUUGCACGUCGCUUGCCAAAUGGUUCAAACCGAUCCCACCAUCGAUCACGAGUCGAAGUAUAAAAGAAAAAUUGACCUCGAGACAAACAGUCAAAAUCCUCGUGUCCGUCCAGUUCAAUCGAUCAUCAUGAUGAAAUCAUUGAUCGCGAUAUUGGCGUUGUUUUCGAUCGCCAUCGUCGCGGCUGAAGACGCCAGAAGCGUGGAGAUCAGCCUAACCAAGACGAUGGACGAACUGAAUAAAAGGGACACCAUCAAGAUCUACGGUGAUAUGAUCACUUUGGAGAAGGUAGACAUUAUGGAAGAUGAAGAGGCUGCAAGAGCUAGUCAGGACCCUCUAGUGAGCAAGAUCGAACAGUUCUUGAGGAACAGGAAAAUUCAUGUACAUCUACCAAGCGAUGGAUCUUCUGCCGACAUGUUUGGCAGAGCUAUGGGACAGAAGGACAUGGAGAUUGGCCUUAGAGGUCUGACUACAGGAGCUUCUGAAGCCCGAACCAAGCUGAAGAAGAUCGUGUUGCCGUUACUACUGGCUCUCAAACUCAAAGCCAUGAUCGUCCUUCCUAUUGCCAUCACUCUGAUCGGUCUGAUAGGCAUCAAGGGACUCGGUGCAGGUCUACUGUCCCUUCUUCUUUCCGGGGCGGUCGCUCUCAAGGCUCUACUAACACCACCACCACCCUCCUAUCCCACCAGGGUCUCGUACGGAAUAGUAAAACCUGAAGUUCACCACGAACAUUGGCACAGGUCACAGGAAGAAGUGAAUCAACCGUACAGAGGGUGGGCCCCGGAAUUCGGGCCUGAGCAGUAUCCCUACCAAGACAUCCCUUAAAUUCGGUCUUCAAGUUAAGAUUCAUCUUCUCAUCCCUUCAUUUUAUUUAUUAUCUCCUCUCUAUUACUCCCAUUGUGUUGAAUAAAGACAUCGCGUCCUUUCGUUUCUACGAUCUUGCGCUUUCUUUUAAUUUCCACCCUUCCUAAUUUUCGUGUUUUUCGUUAUUCUCAUUCCUCGAAUUUUCCAUCCAACCAUCGAACACAUCGGUGCACUUUCCUCUCUCCGCUGGAGCGGACAGCCAUUGACAGCUAAAAUAAUUAAAUAAAUAAUUGGAAAUCUAUAACCGCCGAGGUAAAGCAGGUUAUCACGGAGACGGGGAAGGCUAACGACCCAAAUAGGAGUCGUGCGACGCGCUCGGUGGAGAGAGAACGACAGGUGGGGAGAAAGGAAGAGGUAGGGGAGUAGGAACAGGAAGGAAUCGGGGUCACUGUGACAGGAAAGGUGGGAAAAGUGGCCGAGCCGGUGAUUGGCCAUUUCUGCUUCCCCCUGGGUGAAUUCUCAGGAUCAAGGGCACUGGGUCAUUACCUCCACGUGGACUCCCACUUUGCGUUCUCCCCUCUUCGUCGAGCGAUCAUUGCCUCCCCCCAUUCAGAGUGGAGAGACGGCGAGUAACGGUAUCAGUUGUGAUUAGGUUGCGUGGAGAGGGCAGAAACCUUGGGUAUAUACAAGCCGAUCGAGAGGACAGCACUGUCAAGAGAAUGGAGAACUCGAGGCGAAAAGAAGUUAAUGAGUCGAAUGCUGGGUUACGGUUUUGUUGAUAAAUUUGAUUACCACCGGGCAUUUUAAAGUUCUUUGGAAGUAUUUCGGGAAAUCGAUAAGAAUACAUACUUGGAGUAUUUUACAAAGUCUCCUCUCUCUUAAAUCUUCUUUUCUCUAUCUUCAGUAGGAAAAGGUUAAUUUAAUGAAGUUGUUGUUUCAUUUUUAUCGAAGAUUGGUUUUGUUACAAAUGUCUUGGUUUAAGAGUGAGUUUGCUUCUCUUCCUUUGUCGAGUUCAGAAGUUGAUUGAAAUAUUUCUGAAUGCUCUUUGUUGAUUUCCGAAGUCGAUAAAAAGUUUAUUAACCGUGAUUUUUUAAUUC